AUGGGCGAUUCCUCAGCGCCCUCUGCCUCGCCUCCGCGACGAUUCCUCCCGCAGCCCGUGGAGACGUCAUCCACAUCUUCCCGAUCUCCGGCCGUCCACCGUCCCGCCGAGCACGACAACCGACCUGCUGCUGGGACUACUUCUGGGACGACUACUUCAUCCUCGUCCUCCCAGCAGCAUGUCAGACGCUUCCUCCCUCAGCCGGUAGAGACUACCUCCCGCAGCUCCAAGGCUUCGUCCCCCGCGGACCCGUCCAACAACCAGGGCGCAUCAUCAGCUCAGCUACAAGCCCCCGCUCCUCGCCGUCGAUUCCUACCACAACCCAUUGAGACCGAGACCCGAUCCUCCAAGCAGCCCAGGGAUCAGUCUGGCGCUCGAUCCCGGGGGUCCUCGGGAGCCUCUACCAGCAGCAACCGUCCGGUUCGCAGGUUCGCCCCGGAGCCCAUCGAGACCGUCAGGGCGACCAACCGAAAGAGUGCUCCUGGCCGGUCCAACACUCUGCGAUUGACAUCAGAUACUCGAGGGUCGACGUCGUCGGGCUCAAUCUCCCCUCUGCGGAAGUUCACCCCGCAGCUGAUUGAGACUGGCAAGCGCUCUGUCCGCAGGAGUGACACUAUCGCACUCGAACGACGCCCGUCGGACAAUAUCUUUGAAAGGCCUGACCCGUCCGAGUCUCGUUUCUCCUACGCCAGCCUGCUGCGUCGCCAGGAAGGUGGUGGCCGAAGACACUCAUUCCGCGUGCCAGACCUCCCUGCCAUUCCGUCCAACAGCGGAGAGAGCUCCGAUAGUGAUACGCCUUCAUUGUCAACCUCCCCGACUACCUCGACCGAGGAGAGUCGGCGCCCCUCGAGGCUUUCGGACGAGCGUCGCGAAAGCUGUGACGAGCGUGUGUCCGGCUACCUGCUGUCGCUGGCCGCCCGCUCCGCCGAGAAGCAAUUGCAGGAGACGGCGUUGGCGGCCUUCCCCAAUGAGCAGGUCUACCACCCCGUGUCCCACUUUGCCAUCGAUCGGGAAGAGGAUGAGUCGACCGUGAGCGAGGAGGAAGUCGUCGAUGUGGUCUUGCGCGAUAUGAAGAGUGAUCUAAGCGCUUUCCGGCGCGAGUCCACGACCGAUCUGCCCUUCGAGAUCGAGGAGUUGCGCCGGUUCAAGGAAGAGGCCCAGAAGAAGGACAAUAAGAAGGAUUACCACCACCAAUAUCAUCGCCCCAAGGAGACCAAUGCGGUAGAGUCGAAGUUCUCCGCCGCCGCCAUUGCCGCGCGCCGCGCUCAACCUGCCGUGUCUCCCAAUUUCCUGCGAGAAUGGCAGAAGGAGAAGGAUGCGCAGACCAAACGGGUCAGCCCGCCGAUGCUGGGCGCCGACUUGGUCUUCCCCCAGAGUCUCUCGCCCCAGUCGACUCGCUGCGAUGUCGACCACCCGCCGGUGGACCGCCACACGAGAGCUACCCAAGGAUGUACCAAGUGCGGCGGUCUCUGGUGUACCAGCUCUCAUACCGAUGACAGUCGCGGGAGUGGACUGUGGAUGGGCACCUGCUCGAAACGCAAGGUGUCUGGCAUGGAAUCGUCUUCGCCAAACAUACCGGGCAUCCAGACCCCAGCCGUUGGCCCGGAUGGCAAACGCUACUUGAGUGUGAAUAUGGGGCUUGCGUCCAGUCUACCCAGUCAUCUCCCGACGACGCCAAAGGUGGUGGAUCCCAAUCUUGCUGAUAUGCAGAGGAGGCUGAGCGUCGAGGAAGAGAUCGAGCGGGAAUUCCACGAUGGGUUCGUGACACAAGUCUACAACUAUUUGUCGCUGGGAUAUCCGUGCACGGCGCGAUACUUUGAUGGAGAACUCAGCAAGAUCUCCGGUAUCCCCGUGCAGGAUCUACGACAGGACGACCAGCACACGGAUGCCAAGGGAUACGUCGGCGCCCCUGAGGGAAACUGCCCUGACGCUGACGGGGUGACGGGUGGAAAAUGCAUGAGAUGGACGGCAUUACGCUUAUAUAUCCGCGAGUGGGCUCGACAGCAGCCCAGGAUGUCUGGCAACGAUCACCUUGAAGCUUGGGGGGUUCGGGAAAGACGAGGAAGCUGGGCUGUUUAG